AACCCGAACCACAAUACGCUACAUCUUUUCUUGAAGAUUAUAAUGUCUCGCUAGCAAACGUUGAAAAUCUCAAUGAUGAACAGUAUAAUAGAAAGAAUCAAGUAAUUCGAGCAAUAACGUCAGAAAUUGUAGCAGUUUUCAAAGAUAUAGCAACAUUGAAUCCACUUUUUCGUGAUCAAAUUGCAAAUUUUUCCAUGUCUCAAGCUGCUGGUAAUGUUUUUGAAGAACCUGCAAAACUUGCUGAUUUUGCAGCUGCUGUUUCAACGGGAGAACCAAACGAAUUACAAGAAGUCUUAGAAAGUUUGGUUAUUGAAGAGCGUUUACAAAAAGCUUUACUUGUUCUAAAAAAAGAAUUAGUCAAUGCCCAAUUACAAAGCAAAAUUAGCAAAGAAGUUGAAUCUAAAAUUGCAAAGCGCCAAAGAGAAUACUAUUUAAUGGAACAAUUGAAAGGAAUCAAAAAAGAAUUAGGCAUUGAAUCAGAUGGCAAGGAUAAACUCAUUGAAAAGUUCAAAGAAAAGGCAGAUAAACUCGCCAUGCCUGAUAAUGUUAAGAAAGUUUUCGAUGAGGAAAUUAAUAAACUAGCUCAUUUAGAGCCCGCAGCUUCUGAAUUCAAUGUUACGCGUAACUAUUUAGAUUGGUUGACCCAGAUUCCAUGGGGUCAAAGUUCUCCAGAGAAUUACAACAUUAAGCAUGCCAUGAAAGUGCUUGAUGAUGAUCAUUACGGACUACAAGAUGUAAAGGAUCGGAUAUUAGAAUUCAUUGCUGUUGGUAAACUAAGAGGCACUGUGGAAGGAAAAAUUUUGUGCUUUGUUGGGCCUCCCGGUGUUGGCAAAACCUCUAUUGGAAAAUCAAUUGCUCGAGCUUUAUCGCGGCAAUUUUAUCGGUUUAGCGUCGGUGGUCUUACUGAUGUUGCCGAAAUAAAAGGACAUCGUCGAACGUAUGUUGGUGCUAUGCCCGGUAAAGUCGUCCAAGCCUUAAAAAAGGUACAGACCGAAAAUCCAUUGAUUUUGAUUGAUGAAGUCGACAAAAUUGGUCGUGGACACCAAGGAGAUCCUUCAUCGGCGCUUUUAGAACUUCUUGACCCAGAGCAAAAUUCAUCCUUUUUAGAUCAUUAUAUGGACGUUCCAAUUGAUCUUUCUAAAGUGCUCUUUGUUUGCACUGCUAAUGUUGUAGACACGAUACCUGUUCCAUUGCUAGAUCGUAUGGAAGUAAUCCAGUUAUCUGGAUAUGUUGCUGAUGAAAAGGUUGCUAUUGCUUCAAAGUAUCUUUCACCAACUGCUAAAGAAAUGGCUGGCUUGCAAAAUGCAGAUGUCCAGCUACAACAAGAUGCUAUUGAGACUUUGAUCCGUUCAUACUGUCGCGAAAGUGGUGUUCGUAGUCUAAAGAAACACAUCGACAAAAUUUAUCGAAAAGCAGCUCUUAAGAUAGUGCGCGAUAUUGGCGAUGAAGAAUUAUCACAAGAACUUGAUAAUGUUGAAACCGAAGCUUCUGAUAAAACUAAAGCAGAUAGUGUUAGCAUCACUACUGAACCACGAAAACCUUUAAAUUUACCUGACAAUAUUCAUGUUGGCAUUACCGCAGAAAAUUUGAAAGAUUAUGUUGGACCUCCACUGUGGCAUUCAGAUCGUUUAUAUGAUCAAACCCCUCCCGGCGUCGUUAUGGGAUUGGCUUGGACCAGCAUGGGCGGCUCUGCAUUAUAUGUCGAAUCUACACUUGAUUCAAUUCUUUCUCCAACUUCGAAACCAUCCCUAUCUAAAACUGGUCAAUUGGGCGAUGUAAUGAAGGAAUCCUCUACUAUUGCUUAUACAUUUGCUAAAAGUUUAAUGGUACGACAAUAUCCAGAAAACAAAUUUUUUGAAAGGGCUUCGAUUCACCUUCAUGUGCCUGAAGGUGCAACUCCAAAGGAUGGCCCAUCUGCCGGCAUUACCAUGGCAACAUCACUCCUUUCACUUGCUUUAUCUAAGUCUUUAGAUCCAACUAUAGCAAUGACUGGUGAACUCACUCUUACUGGUAAAAUUUUAAAGGUUGGUGGAAUUCGGGAAAAAGCGGUAGCAGCCAAGAGAUCCAGUGUGUCAACCUUAAUAUUUCCGAAAGCUAAUACUAACGAUUGGGAAGAGUUGCCCGAAAAUAUUAAGGAGGGACUUACAGGUGUUCCCGUUGCAGAUUAUGACGAAGUCUUUAAUUUUGUUUUUGGUACUAUUAGUAGAGAGCAAGCAAAACAGGUUUGGGAUUUGAUGCUCGCAUCACAAUCGGUUGAAUCUGAGGAUAAAAAAGUAAUGGUGGCAGAACUUACAGAACAAUUGUAA